UACGGAAAUGAAGGGAUAGCAGGUCUUGGAUGUGACUAACAUCGCCGGUUCACCGCCGGAGCAGCAGCAGCAGCAGCAGCAGGGAUGAUUCGCGGUCUUUUCUUUUUGCAGAAAACAAGGAAUGACUGAAGUCUGACGAUGAAGUGCUCAGGUUGUGGCCAUAUUAUUGUGGAGAACACAGCCAAGUUCUGCAGUAAUUGUGGCAGCAAGCUGUCUGCCCAGCCUGCAAACACAACGGAUGCAGGAAAUGAGCCUCAAUCCUUGAAGACAGACUUGGACAAUAAAACGGAGACAUCAGUCCCUCAGAAAAAUGACAACAAAGAAUUCAACAAAAUUCCUAAACGGCAGAAUGAGGAGACGUUCAGCAACCUGAAGAAAAAGAAAAAGAAGAGACGGAAGAACAGAAAGAAGAAAGAUGGCAACAUGUCAUCAGAUCAAGAACAAGGUCCAUCUGACAUGUCGCAUAUGUCUCUGGAGGACAAUCAGACGAAGAGAACAGAGGACACUUCUGACACUGAAUACUCAGACAAUGCAAUGGAUGAAACACCAGAUGCACUCCAAGAUGAACUCUCCUCACUGCAGAACCAGCCGAGCUCCCCAGCAGCUAACAAUACUGCUGCGCCCUCUGAAGACACACAAGCCAUAUGCAGUGAAAACACAUCUGGCACAGCAGAGGCAAGUACAACAGACCAGUCUGAGGAAGCCGCAGGUAAACCUAAAGAGGGAGAGGACAAGGCACAAAAAUUAACUACAGAUCAGACACCUGAGACGCCACCUGCUGACACUCCGACUCAUCCCGUCUCAGAAGACGAAAAGAACACAACCUCUCAGUCGGGUUCUGGUAAAGGAACAAAUACCACUAACCCUAAAGGACAAAAAACGGACAGAAACAAAUCGCAAAACAAGAAAGACACAGUCGCUACUAAACAAUCUACACUGGACCAGAACGCCAACGUGGAACCAAAGCCAAAAGAGACAGCAGACGCCAAACAGAAGGGAAAAGGCAAGCAGGACCAGAAACAGAAGCAGACUGUAGCCAAUGAACAAAAGAUGAUUUUUGGCCCUCAAACAUCAUCAAAGGCUAAUAACACAGGCUCCAGCGUGGACCCAGAGGUGACAGAAGAGCCCAUGGUGGUUGAGCAGGCAGGGAACAGGCAGGACUCGACUCCAGCAAAGACCUCAGAUGGCGACAAAGGAUCUAAAGAUGCCAGUAAGGAUGGCACAAAUUCCAACACGCAAACAGGCCCGCCCCCCAAAAGGCCGACGAGGAACAAUACGAUUGCUGCACAAGACAGACUCACCAUUUACUUCCAUGCAGUUCUCUCGAAGGAUUUCAAAUUUGAUCCAAAAGAAGAUCAUAUCUUAAUCAGAGCUGGGCAUCCCAUUGGAACAUGGAAUGAAAAUGCAGUUGAACUAAAUGUGACCAGGGAUCUUGGAGAACAUGGGUUUCUGGUCGAAGGCAGUCUGAUGACAGUCAAAUCGAAAGCUCAGUCCGUGUCGAUACCAUACAAAUAUGUUGUCUACAGAAAAAAAAAGAGCACAUAUGAGUAUGAGUACAUAUACAAAAUGGAUUCACAUACCACGACCAACAGAUGUUUGUUUGUGAAACCCCACCUCAUCAAUGAUGACGGAGACUGGCAUCAAUAUGAUGACAUCAUCUGUGCUGAGCCAUCAAAGAACGUGCUCAAACGCAUCAAGGAUACACUCUGGCCUGAACAGAGGAAUAAUUUGAUCCAAGGCAGAGAGAUUGCUGGGAAUAUCAUGCUGGAGAGCAUAUUUGAUCUUCUCAGAAACUGGACUAAUACCAACUUGAGAAGUUUUCUGCUCCAGCUGAAUCAGUUCGUUCAGGUCUAUGGGGAGCCUUUUGUGUAUGAAGAGAGACAAAAGAAGUGGUAUUCCUUAAACUAUGGGGAAGAUGAGGUGAAGAAGAUGCUGAAAGAAUUCAUUCUGAAUAACGUGACUCCUCAGCUGAGGGAUGGAGAUGGCAAGAGUCUCUACAUUCACGACCCCUUGAGAGCAGCAGUGAUCAUGCUUUAUGUAUGCAGACAGCACAAAAUCAGACUUGAUAAUGCUGAGCACCAUCAGCUCUGUACUGCAUUGUGUUUACCCAAACUAGAGAAGGACAAUUUCCUUCAGUACUGGACAGAUUUUUCUCAGUGCGUGUCUACUCUCAAAAGUCUGCCAGAAAUGUUGGGGAAUCUGAUAACCACUGUGAAAACAGCGAGAAUGCCUCGAUGGAUUAUGGUACUGCCACUUUACCACCUCCUCAAAGGCACCACGAAACCCUUUGAAAUACCAACUUCUGGAAACUUGAAGUACGGUCCAUCCUGGGCAGGUUUACAAGGCCUUGAUAUGAGUACAUCAACAACCAUGUACAGUCAAGACAGAAAAGCUCUGUUAAAUGUGAUGAAAAACCACAGACACUUGAUGGAGGUGGAUGCACUUUUAGUUCGAUCCUAUUUGUACCUGAUGUCAAUUGAUGAACUCAUAGAGUGCAGCGACACCAUUAACCCUGAGCUUUUGGACAUGCUUCAUGUGUUCACUAACAAUGCUCCUCACGAUAUUACUGCUGGCAAUUUUCAGGCAGUAUCUGACAUUCUGUCACAUAUCCAAGGGCGUCUUAUUGAGGAAAAAUACAGAUGUUUUACAGAGGCUUAUAGGAGAGAGUGCCUGACAACAGCAGUGAGACUGUUAGAGAAGAUCUGCAAAGGGGUCAAACCAGCAUCAUAUUUGCAAAACUACCCUGAUAUUCCUGUAGCGUGCGCUAAUCUAGUGGCAUCAGUGUCAGACUUUGUUCGAUGCAACAAGCAACAGGAAUCUCAAGAAGGAGACAAAGAGCAGCAAUAUGCAAAACACUUGGUGAUCUCUCAGGCGAUGCUCAUAAUGAGAGACUGGAUCAGUCGGUCCUUCAAACAGGGUCUGCUCAGCCGGGGACUGACAUCGUUCUAUCAAGUUAAAGCAACAGAGGAGAUUGAAAUGUGGAACAACAUAAUCUCCAUCCAGUUCAAAGAUGAAGACUGCACAAAAGAGUGGAGGCAAACAUUUACCAAGGAUUUUGAGGGCAAGUAUAAACAGGAAUCUUCUCUGGAUCAAAUUGAAUUCUACUGCACAAAGAUAGAGGAACUGAGUGAUUCCCAUCCACAUGUUGCUACUCGCAUUGAGAGGUGUGCUCUCGAGGCUGUUACAGCUUUGUGUCAGACCAAGUCUGAGGGCAAACUGUUCGAGAGGUUGAAGAUAAAUUGGAAGUUCGGGAAACUCAUCUCUGCCAUUAUCCAAAAAUCCUGGCCAAGAGACACUCAUGGGAACUAUCAGGAAGAUGAAGAAGUGGUCCUUCAGCACCUUCUCUCCUGGACUGCUGCCAAAGACAUUUUCCAACUACACGGCGCAGAUGAAAAGCUGAUCGAGAAGCUCAGCCCCGAUGCAAGGGACAGAAUUGCUAUAGCCAUAUCGUCAUUCACAGCCAUGACCAAUCAAAUGGUCCAAGGACACAUCAAGAUCAGCCUGCUCAACAUCAUUUUGGAGAGGCGAGAUGUCUUCUUAGACCUGCUAAAGAUUGACUGCCUGUCUGAAAAUGGGCAAUACAAGGAUAGUGGCAAAAUGAGGAGGCUGUUGCAGUGCAGACAAGAUGAAGUGGCAGCUGUGUACCAUGAAAAGGAGCUUGUCGAUGUCCUUUUAACAAUGAGCCACAAACUAGAAGAACAUAUGACAGUCGACGUUGCCGAAAUUGAAGAAACCCAACAAGUCAACAUUGAGAUCACGCCUUUGGAUCGUUUCAUGGAGGUUCAUCAGUUUGGUCAGCUGCCCUCUCCAGACGCUGGUGUUGUCACUUACUUCAGUCUGGAUGAACAAAUCAGAGAAAUGGCCGAGGUCCUGUACACCUUCAAGGACAGUUAUGUGUUCAAAAUGUGUUGGGAGAAACAAGUCAAACUCCUGGCCUCUGAAGAAAUGGAAGACGGCGACGACCCUGAUGAGCAAGACUUAGAACCUAUUACAGGAACACCUGAAGUGAUUUAUGAUGAAAUUUUCUUGACUUGCUUUGAUGAUUACAAAGAUAUCUAUACUCGUCUGAAGAAUGGCAGUAUAAGGCUAGAAGAGGUCAACCAGCUUUUCCGAGAUUACAAGGGCAAGUACGAAGAGCUUGCUCAGGACCUGGACAUCAUGUGCAGAGUUGAUAAAUCAAUGGACAAACAGUGGAUCCACAGCAGGGUUCAGCAGGUUGAGCAGUAUCAUGAGCUUCAUCUUGCUGUGGCUUCAGCUCAAGUUAUCAUGAUGGUCAAAGAGACGCUUUGUCUUAAUGGGGACUUCAAGGUUCUUGAGACACUCACAAAAGUGAUUCAUGCAGACUUUCAGAAGGAGAAGCUUAGUCGCAUUGACAAUGAGUUGAUGCAGGCUAAGACAGUUCUGGUGGACAUCACUGAGCCCCGCAGACAGUGUCUCAACGAGCUUGGACUCAGAGGACACUUUGUAAAAUGGGUCAAGGAUGCCCUUGAAGAUAUCAAUGAGUUGAAGGUGUUUGUUGACAUCGCUUCCAUCUCUGCGGGAGAGAAUGACAUGGAUGUGGAUCGUGUCGCUUGCUUCCAUGACGCUGUCCUCGGCUACUCUUCAGUGCUUUAUGAGCUCAAGCCAGACUCUGGUUUUCAUGCCUUUAAAGAAGUGCUGAAGAAGCUGUGGAAAGCUUUGGAGAAUGACAGCAACCUGCCAAAAAAACUAAAGGACAGUGCACGUCACUUGGAGUGGUUGAGGACUGUGAAGGACAGUCACGGGUCAGUGGAGCUGUCAUCUCUUUCGUUAGCAUCAGCCAUCAACAACAAAGGAAUCUACCUGAUCAGCGCACAAGGUGUAAAAAAGCUGUGUCUUGACACAGCCCUGAAGCUGCAAAUUCCAGAGGAGCACGAUGAGGGCCAUCACAUGCGCUGCUAUUCUCUUGAGGACCUGAGGGAACUGCAGAACAAACUGAUGCUCAUGUCUGGGAAAGGGGAACAAGGGCAGAACGAAGUCGAUCAGUUUGCAGAGGUUUUUGCCAGUGUUCAAAGACUAGCUGAGGCAUUCAUUGCUCUUUACACAGCGGGGAAUCCUCUGUUCAGACACUGGGAGGUGCAAAUCCACUGCCGUUUAAAUAGCGAAGAACCUAGCAUUCUGAUGGACUUCAACCUGGGAACUGUUCUCAGUCUCAUUGUGGAGGGCAGCAUAGAGGAGCAACUUCCUGAACUGUGCAGAAAAAUGGAAAAAUGUCUGGACUAUUGGAUGGAUUUUGUAGAUAAACAGAGAUCCCAACACUACUAUCUGAACUAUUACACUGCUGAACAAAUAGUCUACCUAUGCAGCAAGCUGACUCAGCAAAAUGUGACCAAUGUUGAUGACCAAGUUCUCAUGAUGCUGUCCUUCAUCAAGCCAAAUUGCACAUCCUCUGAUCUGAGGCAAGUCUGGCAUGCACUUCAGUAUGAAAUCCUCAUCAAACCACAAGAACAAAAUGAGGACAUUGAGUUUCAGACUUUUGCUGUCAUGCCAAGUAGUGAACUGGGGGACCCAGACUUUACCAGCGAAUUGGAUCCUCUGUCAAGUCUUGUGGAACAAGCAAAUGGUUUGCAAAAGUUUGAUCGGAUAUGGAAUGCAUAUAUGAAGGACAUGAAGAAAUUUCUCCCACACAUUCUUGAUAUAAAAAGUCUUGGAAGUCUCUUGGAAAAACUCGCCAACAAAGUUGAUGAGAGCGAAGAACAUGACAGUGACGAAGAUAUUUCUGAUGAUAGCACUGGAAAUUUCAUAAAGCGGCAGCUACCCAAAGGUCUGGCCUCUGGAAACCCAAACCUCAUAGUUUGCCCACAUGAUGAAGUCUUGACAUCUUGCAUCUCCAUUUACAUGAAUAGUGAUGACCAGACACUUCCCACCUAUGAUGAAGUUCUCCUGUGCAACUCCUCAACACCAUACGAGCAGGUAGAGCUAUUCCUCAGACGCUGCCUUAGCCCAGGCUAUGGGGGACAGAAGAUAUACUCUCUGCUGUAUGGCGAUCUUCUCACUUAUGAUGUGAGCUCCAAAGUUGAGAACUUUUUUCAGCGAAUGAAAAUGCAGAGUAUUAAAGACUACAGACUUGUCAUCAUUUGCAGCUCAGAGCGAGAACACGCCUACCUUCCGUCAGCCUUUAGCCAGUACAGAUUGCACAUGGUUCCCCAGGAGCCACUGGUAAGGAUCCAGACAUACCUCCACAAACACUAUGCCGUCCCAGCAGAUCAGUGCAGCGCCGCAGCUGCAUUUAAAGACAGGCUCUGCGUUGGUGUCAUCUCAUCCAAAAGGGCUGGUGUUGGUAAAUCUCUCUACAUCAAGAGGUUGUAUGAAAAACUGACGCACUCAACCAAGAAGCAAUCAGUGAUGAAAUGCAUUCGAUUGAUUGAACCAAACGUUGAUGAGAAUGUCAUUCUUCAAUCUCUGUUGGAAACCCCAAGAAGGAAAGAACUCGCAAUGUUCCACUUUGACAUCACAUCAUCGGUGCAGAAAGGUCUCCACGAGUUCCUUUUCAAAUUGUUGAUUUUGCGCUAUCUGAUGGACUCUGAGGGAAAGAUGUGGAAGUGCAAUGACAAGCAGCUGUAUGUCAUUGAGAUUUUAGAGUCCACUGUCAAGUUAGCAAGAAAUGCUUCACGACAGGCUCAAACAGUGAACAGCACAUUCACAGAUGUUUUCCCACAUAUCUUCUGCCGACCACCCAAAGAGGUUCUGAUGCUAGAGAUGAGGAGGCAAGAAGACCCUACUAUUGUGAGCAGUGAUGACCCACUGAUGGAUGAUGAAGAAUUCAGGAGCGAAGCCUUUCAGCGGCCAUACCAGUACCUCACACGGUUUCAUAACCACAGUAAUCUAGACGUGUUCACGUAUCAGGAUGUUGAGGGGUCGCACGUAGAGUGUCUGCAGAUGCUUCUCAUGCACUGUGGCAUCAUGGACCCAUCGUGGGCAGAACUGAGAAAUUUUGCAUGGUUCCUUAACCUUCAGCUUAAAGACUGUGAGACAUCUGUUUUUUGUGAUGCUACUUUCACUGGAGACACACUAAGUGGAUUUAAAACCUUUGUGGUGGACUUCAUGAUUCUGAUGGCAAAAGACUUUGCUUCUCCAUCACUCAGCAUCUCUGACCAGAGUCCUGGCAGGCUGCAAUUCGAUCUCACUGGUGUCCGAGAUGAAGACUUGGCUCCUUUUCUCAUCAGAAAAAGAUGGGAAACAGAACCACAUCCAUACAUCUUCUUUAAUGAUGACCAUGUGUCCAUGACCUUUAUUGGUUUUCAUCUCCAGCCCAAUGAGCAGAACUCUGUUGAUGCCAUUGAGCCCACCUCUGGAAGAGUUAUAAAGAAGAAUGUUAUGACAAAGGCAUUGUACGAAGGCCUAAAGCUACAGAGAGUCCCUUUCAACAUUGACUUUGAUUGCCUUCCAAGAUCGGAGAAAAUCGAGCGAAUCUGCAAUGUUCUUGGUAUCCAGUGGCCUCUUGACCCUGAUGAAACAUAUGAACUUACAACUGACAACAUUUUGAAAAUGCUGGCAAUCCACAUGCGAUUCAGGUGUGGCAUCCCUGUCAUUAUCAUGGGAGAGACAGGUUGUGGUAAGACAAGACUCAUCAAAUUCCUCUGUGAAUUGCGACGGAGUGGAGUGUCCACUGAGAACAUGAAACUGGUCAAGGUGCAUGGAGGAACAACUUCAGAGAUGAUCUACAGCAAAGUUAGUGAAGCAGAAGACAUUGCUUCCAUCAACAAGCAAGACUAUGGAUUUGACUCAGUUCUCUUCUUUGAUGAGGCCAACACUACUGAGGCCAUCAGCAGUAUUAAGGAGGUCCUGUGCGACAAGACGGUCAAGGGAGAAAAGCUGUCAUCCACCUGUGGAUUGCAGAUUAUUGCUGCGUGCAACCCUUACCGAAAGCACACAGAUGAAAUGAUUCGGAGGUUAGAAUCUGCAGGUCUUGGGUACAGAGUUGGAGCUGAAGAGACUGAUGAAAAGCUCGGAUCUAUCCCUCUCCGCCAGUUAGUGUAUAGAGUUCAAGCAUUGCCACCAAGCAUGAUUCCUUUGGUGUGGGACUUUGGACAGUUAAAUGACCACACAGAGAAAAUAUACAUCCAACAGAUUGUGCAAAGAGUGGUUGAAAGCAAAGAACUUGAUCGAAGUUACAUCAAGUGGAUCACUGAUGUCCUUUCAGCUUCACAGAAGUACAUGCGGACAAGAAAGGAUGAAUGCAGCUUUGUUAGCCUGAGAGAUGUAGAACGCUGCAUGCAGGCUUUUGUUUGGUUUUUUGACAACCACGUCAUGUUUUUUGCAGAACUGGAAGAAUUUGAGAGUAGUCAAAAUGCUGAGAAGCAAGAAAGGCAUCAGAGACAGCCUGAGGUCAGAGACCCUGUUCUAUGGUCUCUGGUCAUGGCUGUAGGAGUGUGCUACCACGCCUGCCUUGAAAAUAAGGAUAAAUACAGACAAAAAAUCAGCAAAAGCCUGCCACCAGCAUACAGCCCAGUAAAGGUAAUGCAGGAAAUCUCACUAAUGCAAGAUUUGCUUCUGAGUGGUGUGCCAAUGGGCGAUACCAUUGCAAGAAACAGUGCCCUCAAGGAGAACGUGUUCAUGAUGGUCCUCUGCAUUGAGUUAAGAAUCCCUCUGUUCCUAGUUGGAAAACCUGGAAGUUCAAAAUCACUGUCUAAGACUCUGGUGGCAGACGCAAUGCAAGGCCAAGCUGCUCAUUCUGACCUCUUCAAAAUGCUCAAACAGGUCCAUUUGGUGUCCUUCCAGUGCAGUCCUCACUCAACGCCAGAGGGCAUCAUUAAUACAUUCAAGCAAUGCGGACGCUUUCAGGAGGGGAAAAACCUGGAUGAGUACAUUUCAGUUGUGGUUCUAGACGAGAUUGGACUGGCUGAGGACUCUCCAAAGAUGCCACUGAAAACCCUUCAUCCAUUGCUAGAGGAGGGCUGCAUUGAUGAUGAACCACUACCGCACAAAAAGGUUGGAUUCAUUGGCAUCUCCAACUGGGCACUAGACCCUGCGAAGAUGAACAGAGGCAUUUUUGUCUCCCGUGGUGACCCUGACGAGAAGGAGCUCAUUGAGAGUGCUAAAGGCAUAUGCUCAUCUGAUGCAAUGGUUUUGGAGAAAGUCAGGGAUUUUUUCCAACCCUUUGCAAGAGCCUAUUUGAACAUCUGCCGCAAACAAGGCAAAGGGUUUUUUGGCUUGCGUGACUAUUACAGCUUGAUUAAGAUGAUCUUCGCAAUGGCCAAAGCUUCUCAACGGAAGCCAACUGCAGAGGAGACCGUGAAGGCAGUGUUGAGAAAUUUCAGUGGCAGGGAUGAUGUAGAUGCAGUUAGUGUCUUCACUAAAAGACUGAUGAUGGUACCAAACCUGGAGAACAUCAGUGCCAUUGAGUUUGUGAGAGAAAACAUUCAGGCGGUUGGACAGGAAGAAGAAUGUCGGUACCUGCUGGUGCUAACAAAAAACUAUGCAGCCCUACAGAUCUUGCAGCAAACCUUCUUUUCAGAAAGUGGUCAACCAGAGAUAAUCUUCGGAUCCAGCUUCCCAAAAGACCAAGAGUAUACCCAAAUCUGUCGCAACAUAAACAGAGUAAAGAUAUGCAUGGAGACAGGUCAAACAGUUGUGCUCCUAAACUUGCAGAACCUCUAUGAAAGUCUCUAUGAUGCCCUCAACCAAUACUACGUAUGCUUGGGAGGGCAGAAAUAUGUGGAUCUUGGACUGGGAACCCAUCGUGUCAAAUGCAGGGUGCACAAAGACUUCAGGCUGAUUGUCAUUGAGGAAAGAGAGGUGGUCUACAAACAGUUCCCAAUACCUCUAAUCAACCGGCUGGAGAAACACUACCUGGACAUUCACACUGUCCUCAAAACUGAGCAGAAGAGGAUGGUGAAGGAACUGGAGAGAUGGGUUGCACUUUUUGUAUCCAUGAGCACUCAGCAUUCAGCAGUGGCCCAGACAUACAAAUAUCAACCCCCAGAUGUCUUCAUUGGUUACCACUCAGACACAUGUGCCUCUGUGGUUCUUCAAGCAAUAGAGAGGCAGAAAGACAGUUUGGAAACCACAGAUUCUGACAGGAGGAUGCUCGAUGAGGCAAAACUCAUAUUGCUCAAGUGUGCAACGCCAGACUCAGUGGUGCGGUUGGACUGCACAGGACUUCCAAAAGUGGAAAGUGAACAUCUGGGGAGGGUCUACUUUGAAGAGCAGAAUAACAACGGUUUGGUGGACUACAUACUUGCUCAUACAAGGCAAGAAGUCCAUUGCGUCUCCUUCUUCACAGAGGUGUCAACAUUCUCCAGACUUUUGACUGCAUCUGACUUGGAGCCACUGGAGCAAAUGUUGCAUAGCAUUGAGCUUCUCUCACUCCAGCAGUUUGACACAGAGCACUCCUUCCUGAAGAAGAUCAGAAACUUCCUCACAGCAGAGCGUGGAAGCAGUACUGCUGGACCAUGCAACAAGAUCCUUAUCAUUCAGUGUGAUUUUGAUGAGGGCUCUCAUAGUGCCAAUCUCAUUGCAUCUGCAAAGUAUUCGUCAAUAAACGAAAUCAACAAGAUAACUCAGGAGAGCAUGGGAAGCAAAGUGUUUGUCUACUUUAUCACCAGGCUGCCAAGAAUGGAAGGUGGAACUUCCUACAUUGGUUUUCAUGGAGGGCCGUGGAGAUCCGUUCACAUUGAUGACCUCAGACGGUCAAAAGACAUUGUUUCAGACAUCAAAAGCUUGCAAAACAUGACCAUCAGUCAGAUGUUUGAAACAAAGAGGGAUCAGGCUGAAGCUAUGGAGGUGGAUGACAUGUACACUGACAAUGACUUGGAGAAACCAGAGUUCGAAGAAAAUGGCUUGGAAAAUGUUGUGGACACCACAGCACUGCUGCGGAGCUGUGUGCAGAAUGCUGUAAGCAUGCUGAGAGAUCAGGUGGAAAGUGGUGUCCGCAGCACUCAGAGAGUUGAGAUCCUUCUGACGCUUCUGACUGACAAUGAUGAGAUAGCUGGUGAAUUUCUACAAAUUGUGAAGAAGCAUCUUCACUCGUUGAUGGUGACUCAAGAAAGCAACACCAUCUCAUCCAUCAAGAGCAACUGGGUCCUAAAGGAGGCCUCAAACAUUGAUGCUUUGCAAGAGGGAGGUACCUUCAGGCACACUUUAUGGAAGCGUGUUCAGGCAGUGGUUGUCCCCCUGUUGGCACAUCUAGUUGCAGUCAUUGACCGUGACCAAAACCUGGACCUCCUGCUUGAUAGACACUGUGGUGACUCUGUUAAGAGGCUGUGGUUGGAUAUCUUUGGCAAUGAUAAGCUGCUGGAAAUCUCACGCCUGACACUUGACCACAACUCUGAGACUAGAACAAUCCUUGUGCAGAGCUCCAUUGCCCAAGACAGGAACAUGAGCUGCAGCAUGCCCUUCAGCUGGAGGAUUAAGGACUACCUGGAGGAACUCUGGGUUUAUGCACGUCAACAUGAAGGGCACACACAACAAAACUUAGAUGACUUCUUUGGGAAGACCCCACUGGGACGCUACAUCGCAAAAUCAGAUGCAGACAUGCAGGCAGAGUUUUUUCAUCGCUACCUCCAGGAUUUCGUCUCUAUGACAAUGAACGUCACUUGCCAGGAGGAUCUGCAGCUCUUGUGUGGUGCUUUGAAUUGCUGUGUCAGCGAGAUGCGAUUGCAGCUAAAUCACACAGAAACAGUGGUAUCUCUUCCAUGGGUCCACGCUGCUUAUCAUGAGUUCAAGAACCGGCUGCAGAACCUGUCCAGAAUGAUCUGCAUUGAACCCCAGGUCACUCAGGACCUCCUGGGAAAUACUCAAGCCAGAGAUGGGGUUGAACUGGUGCUCGAUGUGUAUGCUGCCUUUGCAUGUCUGGAAUACCUGGAGCCCAAAGUCCUGGACACAGAUGCCCAAAGACAAGCCUGGCUUAGACGGGUGAAGAAACUCCAGGUUCCAAUUGAGUUGAUCUGCUCAGAGGAAAGUGUGAGACAUUAUGGACAGAGAAGCGGGAUGUUUGUCAGUAGAGUCCAAGCUGGGUGGAAUCGAGUAUUUUCUCUUUCUCUGUUCGUGGAACACAUGCUGUUGGGAAUUGAGGAUCUGGAGAAAAAGCUGGCACCUUUAGUUUCUGAGAAUACACGAAGGCUUGGCCAGAUACUGGAAAAAAAUUCAGACCUAAAAACUCAGCAGACAUUUGAGGCAGUAAUAGGUUUGCUCAAAACCUGCAAAGAUGGAGCCGUCGAACGCAUCUUCAGGUUUGGUCUCACUCUCUGCCCAGUGUGCAUGGGACACCCUCACGAUCCACUCUGUCUGCCGUGUGAUCACAUCUACUGUGUAGACUGUAUCAAACAGUGGCUGAUCCCUGGUCAGAUGUACUGUCCCCUCUGCAUGCAGCCAGUUGACGAAGACUUCCGCAUGGUUCCUACAGAUGAAAUAAGGAUUCUGAUCAACCAACAUGCUCAGUUCAGGAAGCAGUGCAAUGCUUUCUUCAUCGACCUGGUGUCUACUGUGUGCUUCAAGGACAACGCUCCACCUGAUUCAGCUGUCAUUCUUCAUUUGCUGUCCUUGCUGAUGGUGGAGGCAAACACUAUUCCCUUUCUCAAAGAUAAGCGACAAAUCCUGACCAAGGUGCUUUCUCCGUUUGAUGACUCUGUGGAUAAAAAUCCAGUGGUUCGAUCAGUGGUGCUCAAACUCCUGCUGAAGUAUAGCUUUGAUGAAGUUAAAGAUUACCUGCAGCAGCAUCUGAUGGCAGUUGAGCAGAGCAACAUCUUGGAGGAGACAGACAAGACUGAACUCUACUGCUUGUACAUUAACUGCCUGGAGGAUUCCAUGUUUGAGAGGUUGCAGUUCAGGUCCCCUGCAGAUCAGCAUGCAUGUUUACAGGAUGAGAGUGCCUUCCUAACUGACUUCCUGCACAGUCAGUCUGCUGAAACAGCCACUGUGGAGUACCUGCAGCAGGUGGCUAGAGUGCGUAUGGACCUGGAUAUGACUGCAGGCCUCAUUGUAGAGAAACUGAGAGCCACAGGCUCCCAGGAAGGUGAUCAAAGUGGAACCGCAGCCUUCCUGACCAGUAUGGUGAACUUGUGUAGGCGGAGUGGGAACGACUGGUAUCGCAUCUAUUUGAUCCGAAAGAUCUGCAGCCAGCAUGGAGUAGAGUUUGUCCUGAAGCUCCUCAAAGUGGAUCAAAUGUCUUGGCUCUUCCCUGCAGAAGUUCUGCUAAAGAAUGAAGAAGCCACCCCAAUAGACCAGUAUCUGGUGUGUGGAGAAGAUUACAAGACGAUCAGAGAUGCUGUUGCAAAAGGAGUAAUGGAAGGCAAAGUGGAUGGACUGGACCAGGCUUGUGAGGCUUGCAGAUGCCUACCACAGUGGAAAACCGUUUACCUUCUGCUGGCGCUGUACAGAGAGGUCACCACUCUCUACAGAGAAACCAACGCUAGCUUCCAUCCUAAGCCUGAGCAAUUAGAAGUCCUGGUGACUUACAUCCAGACAUCCAAACUCCUUACCAGCCCAGAGGUUAAAGCCUUUGCCCAGGCUCUGGUGACCAACCAACUUGGACCGCUGGCUGUUCGUCCCGGGGUCUCUGGUGCACAGUGUGUGUCAGUGGAAUUAACCAUUCACUUGGCGGUUGUCUUGCUCUGUGGAAACCAGGGGAUCUUAGCACCCCUGCAGCAGCUAGCAUUGGCACCUGCCAACAUGCAGGCAGCUUUCUUGCCCACCAUGCCAGAGGACAUGUUAGCAGUGGCUCAACAAGCUAUGGGUCCAUUGCAGUGGUACUAUUGUCCAAAUGGUCACCCCUGCACCAUUGGCGAGUGUGGACAGCCUAUGCAAAUAAGUCACUGUGUAGACUGCAAUGCUGAGAUUGGAGGAAACAACCAUUUGCCUGUGCAGGGAUUUAGGCCUGCUCAGUUGCAGGGUGACCGCACUCAGAGAGGCCACAUCCUUGGUGACCCCAGUCGCAGGGACAAUCCAGACAUGCUGGACACAAAAAGCAUUUCCCCCGUUCCCUUCUCCAUUGUCCGCAUGCUCACUCACAUGGCCAUGCUGCUCGGAGCCUCGAGCAACCCACAGCCUGUCUCUGCGCUCAUCAAGCCUCCGGUCCCAGACACAGGAGCAUUUCUACUUGCACACCUGAGGAAGGACAUGAAGCAUCUCAUCAGAUCUCUGGGGAAGGGGACAGAUGACACAGUCAGUGCUGUUCACCUGCUAAUCAACAGCCUCCUUGAACCCCACCAGCAACAAACAUGGCCUGCUCCUUAUGACAAUCUGCUCUCCACCAAAGAAGCUAGAAACGGAUGGGAGGUGGAAGUGAGCAAUGCCAUCAUCACACCUCAGCUGAAGCACUUGGAUAGACGGCUAAAGGAAGUGAACACAUUCGUCCGGGGUGACUCUCGCAUCUCUGCCAAUCCAAUCAUGAAGCUUAUGUUUGGCGAUCCUCGUCUCUUUUUGGCCUCACUUCCCCCAAAUUCUCUCAUCCAUGGUUGUGCUGUGUGGAGCUGCAGGGAGAAAGUGUCUCUGCUGAGCCUCACCCACAUUGUGGAGCAAAAUGAUGGCAAAGACACCCUGCCAGUGCUCUGGAGGUUUCUGCAUAGGGAGGCAGAAGUCCGACUGGUGAAGCACCUUCCUGACAUCCUCACACUCCAGCAGGAUCUCGUCAAAAAGUUUCAAAACAUUGCUGAGCUGACUUAUGGCACCAUUGCAGAAUUUCUUCGCAGUCAGAAAGCAGGUUCGCUGAAAGCCUGGUAUGAGAAAUACAUCAGGAUCUUCUUGAAAACCUGGAAUCAACUCAGAGUUUCGCUGGCAACCAACGGUGAGAUUAAGAUCCCAGCUGAGUUCUGCCAGAAGGACCUAGACCUCACCAGUGACUUCAAGGUGCUGUUACCACGGCGACAAGGCCCAGGCCUGUGCUCUACAGCCCUUGUCAGCUACCUGAUUGCACUGCACAAUGACCUUGUCUACUAUGUAGACAAGCACACUGGAGAGGAGACCAGCUACAAAGUGAGCCCCGCAGAUCUGACUGACCUCCAUGUAAUUCGCUAUGAGCUGGAGAAGGACUUGAUGCCCCUCAUUCUGUCCAACACCCAGUACAGCAUCGAGAGGGGCCAGGAGACCCUUCAUGAGUACGACCUGCCAAAGAUCCAGCAGCAGAUCAUCUCCCGCUUUCUGCUGGGAAAACCUCUCAUCACUCUCAAUGGCAUUCCAACACUAGUGAACAGACAUGACCGCAACUAUGAGAUUAUCCUGAAGGACGUGAAAGCAAAAGUCAGUCAGGAGCCUCUUCAGACUGUCACGCUCUUUGCCGUGGCUGGAGAACUGCACUCUUACAGUGAGGUGUGUGAAGCCUUGUCCACGCUGGAAGUGGCCCUUGGUUUCCUGGCCAUGACUGGGGGAGAGCCUCACAUGCAACUGUCCUGCUACCUGGAGGAGGUGCUGCAGAUGGGAAACCAGAUGGCUCAGCAUAUCCUCAAGGCCUUGAGCAUGUGUUGUCUAAAGCAUUGUGUAGCGCUGUGGCAGCUGCUGACUUCACUCAAAUCAGAAAAUAUGCUGCGGCUCAAGAGGGAUCCCUUUGUGGAAGUUUCAGAUAAGUACAAACAGGCCCUGGGUGAGGACGAGCACAGGUUGCUGACUGGUUUCUUCUCCAAGACCAGCGCUGACACUUUCCUGCUGGAGAUGCACGAGUUCCUGGUGCUUGUCCUCAAAAAGCCCAAUGCUCCUGAUACAUACAGGCCUGACUGGAGCUUGAAGGACACACUGGUGUCCUACAUGGAAUGCAAAGACAUGGACAUUCCCCCUGACGUGGAGGAGCUCUUUCCAGAGGAGAUCUGUCUGUCCCAUUACGUCGAAGCCUGGAAGUUCAUCAUCACCUUCAAGCAGGAGAAUACUCAGAGGCAGUGAAGACAAGAGGAAAGGAUUAGGGAAGUUUUUUUGUCUGCUUUCCUUAUUUGACAUCAUUAAAUCCCUUAGAUGAAGUUUACAACUUGAGCUGACAGUAUUGCGGUAUCAUAUAUUACCUAUAUUUAUCCAGAGAAGAUGUGCCUUUUUACGAGCAGUAGUGUUGAGAUUCAUAGCACCACAGGAUAUGUGUACAGUUCACAUUUACAACUUAUCUGCAUGAAGAUGUGAACUUUGGGGAUAUUUUUUUGAUGAUCUGUUCUUGUUUUGUAUUUCUUUCUAUCUUCCUAAGAAUCAACAUGUACAGUGUUUCUGUACAGUUGAAGUCUUUUUGCUUGCACUUUACGUCUUUACUAAUAAUGUGAAUUUGAAAACAAAAAAAAAAAUCUGAAUUCACUCAGGUACAAAAUGCGCAGUAAAUCAGGAGAGUUUAAAUCAAAGUGGCCAUUUACAUUUAUCAAGAAUAAUGUGUCUUUUCACUUGAAUCAAACAUUUUUGUCAUUCCAUUCAUUUCUGGCACCAUUUAGCUGUGCUAUGCUGCUGUUUCAUAUGUAAAAGUUGGGUUUGCCUUUUUUGAAAUUCCAUAUUUGCCUUCUUACAUUUGUUUUUUUUUUUUUUUCCAUUUAAUUGUCUUAGACAUCCAAUAAAACGUAACUAUUACCUGUG